AUAUAAAGAUAUUAUAUUAAAAUUAUUUUUCACCUUUAUUGUUAUUCAAUACAAUUCUUUUUAUAACCAACGAUAAUCCUUCUCUCAAAUAACCCCAUUGUUAAAUUUCAUCCAACUUUAUCAACGUUAUUAACAAUUUAAGAACCAUUAUGAAUAUGAAUAUUCAACCUAGCACGCAAAGUAACAUACAAAUGAAUGAAUGUAAUUUUUUUCAUUAUGCACCAAAUUAUGAUAAAUUUUAUCAUAUAACUUACAGAACUCUUUUACAAGGGUUUGACUCCUUUGAUGAUUACAAUUAUGAUCAUGGAUUCUUUUAUAAUAUUAACCCUAUAUCAAAUUAUUAUGUCAUGUGUAAAAUACUUCCACAUUCUUUGGUCGCAAAUAUGUUGAACAAGAAAAUAUAUGGAAUAGAUAUUGGCAUAAAUAACUUGAAACGAAAAGAAUUAUUAUCUUUGAAUCAAAGAUUAGAUUUGGAACAAGACUUGAAACGAAUUCUUCCUUUUCAUCUUACACAAAAUCAUACUUCUAAUAAAGAAAUAAGAAUGAAUUCUUCUUAUGUGCAUAAUACACAAACAAUUUCGAUAACUGAUAAUCACACUAAUUUUGAUAAUAGCUUUCCUCAACAAACUAGAGCUGGGUGUUUUACUAAUAAUGACAUUAAUCCACAACUUGUUUUAAAUAAUAUUCCACAACAAAUUCCUGAAGGAAUUCGUUGUAAUGAAAAUACAAAUAAUGUACCGACAACACAAGCAGUUUCGAUCGCUGAUAGUCAAAACAAUGGUUUUCCUCAACCAAUCAAUCCCCUUUCAAGUUCAACAUCUGUGGUGUCACAAAAUAGAGUUAAUUAUAACGUUACUAAUUCACAACAACAAAUUGAUUUCAAUAAUAUUUCACAGCACAUUACUGAUAGAGAAAUGGGAUCGAAUUAUUAUGGAAAUUUAAAUUCAUUUCAUGGAAAUAUCGUGAAUAAUACACCCGUAACACAAUCUGUUUUGACAACUGAUAUUAAUCAAAACUAUGGUAAUUAUAUCCAAGAUGUAAAUGGCGCUAGAAACUUUGCUUACAUACAGCAACAAGUUGAUCUUAACAAUAAUUAUAGAGACACAGAUUUGCAUAACGGAAAUAUUGGAAAUAAUGUAACGACAACGCAAACUAACGAUCACCAAGAUAUAAAUGAUAUUAACCAAGUUAAUAAUAAUAUCAACAAUAAUUAUAGAGAUACAGAUUCACAUAAUGAAAAUAUUGAAAACAAUGUAACGACAACGCAAGCUAAUGGCUUGUUAUGCGAUCACCAAGAUAUGAAUGAUAAUCAGCAAGAUAAUCACCAAGAUAAUCAUAUCAACAAUAAUUAUAAGGACACAGAUUUGCAUAAUAAUAAUAUUGAUGACAAUGUAAUGACAACGCAAACCAACGGCUUGAUAUGCGAUCACGAUGUAAAUGAUAUUCACCAAGUUACUCGAUUACAGCAUGUUGAUUCCCAUCAUAUUCAACAUCAACAAUGAAAACGGUUUGACAUACUUUUAAAUUUAAUUUUUAUUUCUCGUUUACAUUAGAUAAAAUUACGGACUUAUAAAAUGAU